AUGGUAAACGAACAGCUUCCUAUCGUUACCCUCAAGAUCGCUCUGGACGAGAACGGCGCUGUAGAUGAUCUUGGAAUCACUUCCAAAAGAUUUACGAGCGAGCAAUCCCUGGAUGCGGUGCACAGGCUGCGGAGGUGUUCAGAUGCUGUCCUCGUUGGGAUCGGCACGGUUGUCCGAGACGACCCGUACGUCCCUGAGGAGAGUUCCAUUGCUGGAAGGGAGAGAACAACCGUUAAGAGCCGUGAUCGAUCCUUCCUUGAAGAUCGAAGCGCAUGUGCCAUCAUGUGUAAAGUGAUGAGGGACGGGUAUAAGACAGUCAUUUUCCAUAGCGAUUCCGACGAGGUCGACAAGAGGAGGAUACAGCUGAUCUCUGAGCUGGAAGCUACCAAUCAAGUUUCUUUCAUUCCAACACCAACGAAUCAACAUAGAUCGUUGGACCUCACAAGCAUCCUCGGCGAGCUGAGCAACCUGGGCGUCAAGGAGCUCAUGCUCGAGGGCGGGCCGGCGACGGUGAAGCGAUUCCUCCAGCAGAAGCUCGUGGAUCGAGCGAUCGUGAUUGUUGCCCCCAUCAAGUUCGACCAGCUCCCGGUCCCUUCCCUCAUCGACCACCACGUCCUCAAGGCAGCUGGGCUCGCCCUCUUGGGAGAGCACCAGGACUGGGGCAAGGACUCCGUCAGCCUAUGGAGCAAGGCGCAACUCCAGUGGCCUUCUCCUGUUAUCUCCGAGUGGCCUUGA